UCGCUCCGCUUGGCGCUCGGGCUCGCGCCGCCGCCGCUUCCUCUGCCGCGGCGGGGGCCACAGCCUUGAGUGUCAUUCAAGGGACAGCACAACCUCACCCAAGCUCUCUCUACCUCUACCCGGCCGCCCGUCCCGCUCAUCCUCCCCCCUUCCUCUCCACGCUCCAUCCCAAGAAGAAGAGGGAAAGCACGGAACCCACGGGGAGGAAGGCAAAGUCCGCUCUCCUUCCCCGCCCCUUGCCCCCUUCCCACCCGCGUUCUCUCACUACCGGCCCCCUCCCCAAAGGCACCUCAGGAACUGAGGCGAUUCGACCCCCCCUCCUACUGCCAUGUCCAAAAGCUUGAAAAAGAAAAGCCACUGGACUAGCAAAGUCCACGAGAGUGUCAUUGGCAGGAACCCGGAGGGCCAGCUGGGCUUUGAACUGAAGGGGGGCGCCGAGAAUGGACAGUUCCCCUACCUGGGGGAGGUGAAGCCGGGCAAGGUGGCCUAUGAGAGCGGCAGCAAGUUGGUGUCCGAGGAGCUGCUGUUGGAGGUGAACGAGACCCCCGUGGCAGGGCUCACCAUCAGGGACGUGCUGGCCGUAAUCAAACACUGCAAGGACCCCCUCCGGCUCAAGUGUGUGAAGCAAGGAGGAAUUGUGGAUAAGGACCUUCGUCACUACCUCAACUUACGAUUUCAGAAGGGUUCUGUGGACCACGAACUUCAGCAAAUUAUUCGUGACAACCUCUACCUCCGCACAGUGCCGUGCACUACAAGACCACAUAAGGAGGGCGAGGUCCCUGGAGUGGACUACAUUUUCAUCACUGUUGAAGAUUUUAUGGAAUUGGAGAAAAGUGGUGCUCUCCUAGAAAGUGGGACUUAUGAAGACAAUUACUACGGGACCCCGAAACCUCCAGCUGAACCAGCACCAUUAUUAUUAAAUGUAACAGACCAGAUACUUCCCGGAGCCACUCCAAGUGCUGAAGGAAAACGAAAGAGAAAUAAAUCAGUGAGCAACAUGGAGAAAGCCAGUAUAGAGCCUCCUGAGGAGGAAGAAGAAGAGAGGCCUGUGGUCAAUGGAAAUGGAGUAGUAGUAACACCAGAGUCCAGCGAGCAUGAAGACAAGGGUGCAGGUGCCUCAGGGGAGACACCCUCCCAGCCUUAUCCUGCACCAGUGUAUAGUCAGCCUGAGGAGCUGAAGGAACAGAUGGAUGAAACAAAGCCAGCAAAACCUGAGGAGAAUGAGGACUCAGAUCCAUUGCCUGACAACUGGGAAAUGGCCUACACAGAGAAGGGUGAAGUCUACUUCAUUGACCAUAACACAAAGACAACAUCAUGGCUGGAUCCACGACUUGCGAAAAAGGCUAAACCUCCAGAAGAGUGCAAAGAAAAUGAGCUUCCAUAUGGCUGGGAAAAAAUCGACGAUCCCAUAUAUGGCACUUAUUAUGUUGACCACAUAAAUAGAAGAACACAGUUUGAAAACCCUGUCCUGGAAGCAAAACGGAAGCUGCAGCAGCAUAACAUGCCCCACACGGAACUUGGAGCAAAGCCUCUGCAGGCCCCGGGCUUCCGAGUAGACAGCUCUUCAUCGACAUUACCUAGGCCCAAAUCCAUCUGUCCCCGCCCUGCCCCGGAGAGGUCACGCAGCGUGAAUGAUUUGUCAUACUGUCGGCGCGACCACGGGGGUUGGCCCUGGCCAUUCGAAAAACCACUCUUCACCCGGGAUGCAUCCCAGUUGAAGGGAACGUUUCUCAGCACCACCUUAAAAAAGAGCAACAUGGGGUUUGGAUUUACCAUCAUUGGUGGAGAUGAGCCUGAUGAGUUUCUGCAGGUGAAGAGUGUGAUUCCGGAUGGGCCUGCUGCACAGGAUGGAAAAAUGGAAACAGGUGAUGUCAUUGUCUAUAUUAAUGAAGUAUGUGUCCUUGGACACACUCAUGCAGAUGUUGUCAAACUUUUCCAGUCUGUGCCUAUUGGUCAGAGUGUCAACCUGGUCUUGUGUCGUGGCUACCCUUUGCCCUUUGACCCUGAAGAUCCUGCUAACAGCAUGGUGCCACCCCUUGCAAUAAUGGAGAGACCACCUCCGGUGAUGGUCAAUGGAAGACAUAACUAUGAAACCUAUUUGGAAUACAUCUCUCGGACCUCACAGUCAGUUCCAGAUAUGACAGAUCGGCCACCUCAUUCUUUGCACUCCAUGCCAGCUGAUAGUCAACUAGAUGGCACGUAUCCACCACCCGUCCACGACGACAAUGUGUCUAUGGCUUCAUCUGGAGCCACCCAAGCUGAACUUAUGACCUUAACCAUUGUGAAAGGUGCCCAGGGUUUUGGCUUCACCAUUGCUGACAGUCCCACGGGACAGCGGGUGAAACAGAUACUUGACAUCCAGGGCUGCCCUGGCCUGUGUGAAGGGGACCUUAUUGUGGAGAUCAACCAGCAGAAUGUACAGAACCUGAGCCAUACAGAGGUAGUGGAUAUACUGAAGGACUGCCCCAUCGGAAGUGAGACUUCUUUGAUUAUCCAUCGAGGAGGUUUCUUUUCUCCAUGGAAAACUCCAAAGCCUAUAAUGGACCGAUGGGAGAAUCAAGGCAGUCCUCAAACAAGCUUAUCUGCUCCGGCCAUACCACAGAACCUGCCCUUCCCACCUGCCCUUCACAGGAGUUCCUUUCCUGACUCAACAGAGGCCUUUGACCCACGGAAGCCUGACCCAUAUGAGCUCUACGAGAAAUCUAGAGCCAUUUAUGAAAGUAGGCAACAAGUGCCACCCAGGACCAGUUUUCGAAUGGAUUCCUCUGGUCCAGAUUAUAAGGAAUUGGAUGUUCACCUUCGGAGGAUGGAGUCUGGAUUUGGCUUCCGAAUCCUCGGGGGAGAUGAGCCUGGACAGCCUAUUUUGAUCGGAGCGGUCAUUGCCAUGGGCUCAGCGGACAGGGACGGCCGCUUACACCCAGGAGACGAGCUAGUGUAUGUGGACGGGAUUCCGGUGGCUGGCAAGACCCACCGCUAUGUGAUCGACCUCAUGCACCACGCAGCCCGCAAUGGGCAGGUCAACCUCACUGUGAGAAGAAAGGUGCUAUGUGGAGGGGAGCCCUGCCCAGAGAAUGGAAGGAGUCCAGGCUCUGUAUCAACCCACCACAGCUCUCCACGCAGUGACUACGCAACCUACACCAACAGCAACCAUGCUGCCCCCAGUAGCAAUGCCUCCCCACCUGAGGGCUUCGCCUCCCACAGCCUGCAGACCAGUGAUGUAGUCAUACACCGCAAAGAGAAUGAGGGCUUCGGCUUUGUCAUCAUCAGCUCCCUGAACAGGCCUGAGUCUGGAUCCACCAUAACUGUGCCCCAUAAAAUUGGACGCAUCAUUGAUGGGAGUCCUGCAGAUCGCUGUGCAAAACUAAAAGUGGGAGACCGGAUCUUAGCAGUGAACGGCCAGUCCAUCAUCAACAUGCCUCACGCUGACAUCGUGAAGCUCAUCAAGGAUGCAGGUCUUAGUGUCACCCUUCGCAUCAUUCCUCAGGAGGAGCUCAACAGCCCAGCUUCAGCACCCAGCUCAGAGAAGCAGAGCCCCAUGGCCCAGCAGCACAGCCCCUUGGCCCAGCAGAGCCCUCUGGCGCAGCCAAGCCCAGCCACUCCCAACAGCCCCAUUGCCCAGCCCACACCUCCUCAGCCACUUCAGCUGCAAGGACAUGAAAAUAGUUACAGGUCAGAAGUAAAAGCAAGGCAAGAUGUGAAACCCGACAUCCGACAGCCUCCGUUCACAGACUACAGGCAGCCACCACUGGACUACAGGCAACCCCCAGGAGGGGACUACCAGCAGCCCCCACCAUUGGACUACAGGCAACCUCCUCUGCUAGACUACAGGCAGCACUCUCCUGACACCAGGCAGUACCCUCUGUCAGACUACAGGCAGCCACAGGAUUUUGAUUACUUCACUGUGGACAUGGAGAAAGGAGCAAAAGGAUUUGGAUUCAGCAUCCGUGGAGGAAGGGAAUACAAAAUGGAUUUGUACGUGUUGAGAUUGGCAGAAGAUGGACCAGCAGUAAGAAAUGGAAGGAUGAGGGUAGGAGAUCAAAUCAUUGAGAUCAAUGGGGAAAGCACAAGGGACAUGACGCAUGCCAGAGCAAUAGAACUCAUCAAAUCUGGAGGAAGACGAGUGAGGCUGCUGCUGAAACGAGGCACAGGACAGGUCCCGGAGUAUGACGAACCCAGCGCCUGGAGUGGUCCCGCUGCCGCCUCCCCAGGCCUGCCGGAAGUAGGCGUCUCCCUGGAAGACAUCCUCGCUCCAUUCUCUCCAUCACAUCCAGCCCCACCCUCCGACCCUUCCCACCAGAUAAGCCCAGACCCAGCUUGGGAUAUCAAAAGGGAACACGACCACGUUAGGAAACCAAAGGAGCUUUCGGCCUGCGGCCAGAAGAAGCAGCGCCUCGGGGAGCAGGGGGAGCGUUCGGCGAGUCCGCAGCGGGCCGCGCGGCCGAGGCUCGAGGAGGCGCCCGGCGGCCAGGGGCGGCCCGAGGCCGGCAGGCCCGCCUCGGAGGCCAGGGCGCCGCCGGGGCCGGCGGUGGAGGGGACGCGGGCGGGCGGGAAGGAAGGGCCCCGCGCUGCAUCCGGCCCGGAGCUCGGCCGCCACCGCGAUGGCCCCGGGGCUGCGAUUGCGGGCCUGGGCGGCAGCGGCGCCGAGCGGUCCGGAGUGCGCGCAGGACCCCGGCCGGGCCAGCGGCCCCCGGGGGUCGCCCCAGCACGCAAAGCCGCCGUGGCGCCGGGGCCCUGGAAGGUGCCGGGUUCCGACAAGCUGCCGGGCGUCCUCAAGCCGGGCGCCUCGGCCGCCAGAUGAGCCCGCCGGGGCCUCGGGUCUCCGGCCCCGCCAAGCCCGCCACGACGCGGGCCGUUCUUCUUAGGUUCCGUCUCACCGGCGUUUUAAUUUAUUUUCCACUGUCACACGCAUAGAUCCACGAGGCACCAAGGCCUGGGAGCACCGACGUGAGGUCCCCACGUGUCAGGAGAGCCUGGGCGGCCUGGCGUCCACGCGCAACAGACCUAAACUGAUCCUAAAGCCCCCCGAGUCCACGGUGGGGGCUUUGCAGCUAUGGAAGAACCAAAAUAACGUGAAGAACAUCACAGAGAGACAGUGCAGUGUAGCUUUAGUACAAAAGAAAGAAACAAAUGAUCAUUUUAUCUUCCCUCUACCCCCCAACCCCCCACUGCAUGAGGGGUUUGUCCAAACCCUUAUAUCAAGAAACUGGACAAGUUAAGAGCAAUCACAAACUGGAAUAUCGCCUUAAAAAAAUAAUAAAUCAAACUGCACGGAGCAAGCUGAAACUGAGACAAGAUUAUAUCUUUUAAUUGAUCUGAAGCGUUGUAAAUAAAUUGUUCUUGACAUAUCUAGACAGGGGUUAAAGGGUUUCUUUGAAACAUGCAGAACUGUUCGUCCAUGAUGUUUCCAUGGCUCACCUUUGGCGUCCAUCACCCGUCUACGCAGCACCAUUAGUUCCCUGCCCACUGCGGGAGUUCGAAAUCUAGUGAAUUCAUUGGUGUGAUGCCAUUUUUUAUUGCCAUUUCUGUGAUCAGAUCAUGUUUCUGUACAUUUUCAGUGGUAGGGGGAAAAAAGUUUAAAAACUUGUAUCCUAGGGAACAGUUUGCCGUAAGUCCGAAUUUUGCAGGUUAGCUCAUAGAUCUGAAUCAAUUUUCCUCUAAAAUACGAAUUUUACAAUUGAAAGACCACAGUCUAUUUAAUCAAGAUUGGCAACGCUGCAGGUCCUUUAUGAAAAGGCUUUCAUAUUGUCCCAGGCCAGAAGACAUAGACAGCUUCUUUGUCAACAAGACUAUAUUAUCAUAACUUAUGUUAUUGUCAUGUCUUAAAUUCUCUCCAGUACUCCAUUUGCACUUUGACAGAGCGAAAUAUUUUUCCUAUACUUCUCAGAUUAGAAGGAAUCUCUAAUAUGAAAAAAAUCACUAUUGUAGCUAAUUUAUUUUCAUUAAAGAAUGUGUCCUUUUAGCGU